CUGGCCAAGAAAAUAAAAGUUUCGAAACGGUCUCGAAUUGCAUAAGUUAAUUCACCAUUGCCAUGAAUUCGUAAUCAAUACAACUUUGGAUAAUAAUAAACAUAGUAUGAGGCAAAAGAUUUGACAUUGCAUCAGAGCUGCACUAAUAGAAGCAACUAUGAGUGUGGGAAGAAUGUCAAGAUUGUUCCAGAACCAAAUAUCAGAAACAUUAAUGUUACGGAUAAGUGGAUGCUACAACCUCGCAGGACUGAACAACUGCACAAGAUGCACACGUCUAAAAUGUGAUACUCUAAAUGCCAGAUCAAUUGGGAGGCAAUGUCAUGUGGUACAGGCUCACAAGGAUUACCAUACAAGUUCUAUUUAUCUUGCUGCUAAAGCUAAAAACCAGAAAAAGAAAAUAGUAAAGAAAAUGCAAAUGCCAAAGAAGAAAAAGAAACCAAUGAUAGCAACUGGUGAAGUGGUUCCCAUCUGGCAAAAUAUGACAGUACAACAACUUGCAGACUCAAUGGGGAAAGAUACUGAUCAUGUGUUUGAAUGCAUGUUGUAUAUAAAGGGGCACAACACAGAUAAAUAUGAGGAAGAGGACUCCAUAAUAGACAACAUUGAAGUAACCAAGGAGAUAGUGAAUAAAACUGGUUUGAGGUUCAAGUUUGAAGAGCAAGGAAACAAAGAAGCUGAACAAGAUAUGGAUGCUUAUCCAAGGCCACCUGCAGACCCAUCUCUACUUGUAAAGAGGCCACCUGUGGUGACAAUCAUGGGGCAUGUUGAUCAUGGGAAAACAACACUACUGGAUUCUUUACGAAGCUCAAAUGUUGUAGAUUCAGAAUUCGGAGGCAUUACGCAACAUAUAGGAGCCUUUUCAGUGCAUUUACCUGACACUAAUGAGAGAAUCACAUUUAUUGAUACACCUGGACAUGCUGCAUUUUCAACAAUGAGAUCUCGUGGUGCCCAUGUGACUGACAUGGUGGUCCUAGUUGUUGCCGCAGAUGAUGGUGUCAUGGAACAAACCAAAGAAUCCAUUAAAUACUGCAACCAAGCUGGAGUUCCAAUCAUUGUGGCCAUCAAUAAGGUUGACAAACAAGAAGCAGAUGUAGCACGUGCCAAACAAGACCUCCUUGUAGCUGGGGUGCACCUAGAGGAGUUUGGUGGAGAGAUUCAAGCUGUUGAGGUUUCAGCCAAAACAGGGUUCAAUUUAAUCGCUCUUCAGGAGGCGAUUAUUGCUCAGGCAGAUAUCUUGGAUUUGAAGAGUGAUGUCACAGGCCCUGUUGAGGCGGUCGUUUUAGAGUCAAGCACCCAUGCAGGAAGAGGAAAGUUAUCAACGGCACUGAUUCAAAUGGGGACUUUGAGAAAAGGGAUGUAUUUGGUGGCCGGAACAGCAUGGGCAAAAGUUCGUGGUAUGUUUACUGAGCGUGGGGAUACUGUGCAAGAAGCUCCACCUGGUGAUGCAGUUGAAAUAAUUGGAUGGCGAGAAUUACCCUCUGCGGGAAGUCAAAUUCUACAAGUGGACUCAGAGAAUCGUGUAAAAGAAGUAAUUGCUUGGCGAAAAAAGCAACAAGAAAAACUAAAGUCAAAACAGGAUAUUGCAGAGAUUCAGAAAAAAGAGUCUGAGCACCAAGAAAAGUACACAGAAUUUAGGAAACUCAAAAUGGAUCUGGGGAAACCGAGGUUGAAACAGCAGCGUAUAAUGAAGAAAGAAAAGGAGGUCACUAGUUCCCAUACUGGCCCCCAACUAGCUGUUGUCCUUAGAGGUGAUGUUGAUGGUUCUGUUGAGGCCAUAUUAGACAUGCUAGAUACGUAUGAAUCAAAACAAUGUCUACUUGAUGUGGUGAAUUACGGAGUUGGAGUUGUAUCUGAGGCUGAUGUUGACCUUGCCGCUGCUUUCGAUGGAGUAGUAAUAGGGUUUAACGUGACCUUAUCAGAUGCUGUUAAACGUCAUGCCAAAGCUCAAGGGGUAACGAUUCGUCAUUUUAACAUAAUCUACAGACUGAUGGAGUUUCUAAAGGAACAGCUUACUGAGAGACUUCCUUCGACUCAACAAGAAAAUAUAAUAGGUACAGCUAAUGUUCAAGCCACGUUUGAAAUAGCUGAAGGCAAAACCAAGGUGCCUGUUGCCGGGUCCAGGUGCACUAAAGGGCUGCUGAACAAGAAAAAACUGUUUAAAGUCGUCAGGGAUGGAGAUACUAUAUAUGAAGGCUCCUUGACAUCACUAAAACAUUUCAAGACUGAAGUGGACACGAUUAAAACAGACGUCGAAUGUGGAAUUGCAUUUAAAAACAUUAAUGUUCCAUUAAGGCCAGGUGACACUGUUGUAUGUUAUGAAAAUGUGGACGUUAAACAAACUAUUGAUUGGGACCCUGGAUUUUAAUGUUAAAAUGCUGUAAAAAUAAUAAAACAAUAUUUAUAAAUGCUAUAAUUAUACAUUCUUUUUGUCACUUGUAAUUCCACAUUUUCACAAAGAAAAGACAAGUCUCGGUUUGGAGA